GGGUCCGCGCCCGCGGCCGGCAGCGGUCUCUGCGCCUCAGCCGCGCUUCGCCGGGGUGCUGGUGGUGCGCUCUGCCGCCUCGGGGCUGCACAAUGGCAGUCGUGCAGUAGGAUGGAUCCUGCCGUGGCUUUUGUUCUGCAGAUCCACCCAUCCUCCUAGCAGCCAAGCGCCAGGCUAUGGUUGUCUCUUUGGGGAUCGUCGGUGUUCUGCCGGUGUCUCUGGUGAGGUUUUGGCCUCGGCUGGGAUUUCGCUGUCGUACUUUUCGUUUAGCUGCGUGCUGAAAAAGGGAUUUUUUUUCCUCUCUCCACGCUUUUGGUUAUAAUCCAGUGUUGAUCUAGGGGGAAUAACCAUUCAGCCUGGCUGAAAAAAGCAUCCAUUGAAAAGUCUCAAAGAAAUAUACCACGUGAGAAAAAAAAACUGGGAGAAGAUCGGAAUAUAACCAUUUUUUCUAUGAUAAAACUGGUGCCCCUCUUCAGGAGAACUGGUGUCAAUUUAUUAUUAUGCAACCACAAGGAUCUCUUCUUUCUCAGGGUGUAUAAGCUGCUGGAUUGCUUUUCGCCCAAAUCAAUGUGGUUUCUUUGGAACAUUUUCAGCAAAGGAUCGCAUAUGCUGCAGUGUCUUUGUGGCAAGAGUCUUAAGAAAAACAAGAACCAAACUGAUCCCCAGCUCAAGGGUAUAGUGACCAGGUUAUAUUGCAGGCAAGGCUACUACUUGCAAAUGCACCCCGAUGGAACUCUCGAUGGAACCAAGGAUGACAGCAGUAAUUCUACAUUAUUCAACCUUAUACCAGUGGGACUUCGAGUUGUUGCUAUCCAGGGUGUAAAGACUGGGUUGUAUAUAGCCCUAAAUGGAGAAGGUUUCCUCUACACAUCAGAACUUUUUACACCAGAGUGCAAAUUUAAGGAGUCUGUUUUUGAAAAUUAUUAUGUAAUCUACUCAUCCAUGCUCUAUAGACAACAGGAAUCUGGUAGGGCCUGGUUCUUGGGGCUGAACAAGGAAGGGCAGGUCAUGAAAGGAAACAGAGUGAAGAAAACAAAACCAGCAGCUCAUUUUCUACCCAAGCCAUUGGAAGUUGCCAUGUAUCGAGAACCAUCUUUGCAUGAUAUUGGAGAAACAGUGCCAAAGGCUGGGGUGACUCCAAGUAAAAGCACAAGUGCAUCUGCAAUAAUGAAUGGCGGUAAACCAGUUAACAAGAGUAAGACCACAUAGCCAGAUCCUCACAGGUGUUGUGACUUACUGAGUCCUGAGUACAGUUGAGCGAUUUAUCCUUGCCAGACUUUCCCUCUGCAGUGUCCGUGGAUCAGCUUGAGGCAAGUGAAAUACUUGCUUGUUGCUGUUUCUGAACUAAGUCGUUGCAAGCAGAUAAAUCUCAACAUGUAGCUCCUCCCACAACAAGAAGACACCUGGAUAAACCAGCUGAACUCAGACCGCGGAAUGCCCUACCAGAUAUUGGAAUGCCUUUUUAAUAUCUUUUCUGUGACUGUGACACUUCAUGUGAAUGACAUACUUCACAAGUACACUUGAUACCUUGCCUGCUGACAAUUGCCGAUAAUCCCUUUUUGAGUCCAGUUUCAGCAAAAUCCAUGUGUUUAAGUUCUAUUUUGUAGCACACAAAUAAUCAAGUAAUUUCUAGUUAGAUGCUGUAAACCUGUGCUAUUAUGGAUUUCUCUUCUUCCCUUUUUUAUAAGGCUGCUCGCUCCACUGUCUGUGAUCUUUUGCAGGGAUUGUGUUUCUCUAUAACUUAAGUGUUGCCAGUGGCUUAGUUUUGAAAGCAAUCAGGGAAUCAGGAAGCCUUCAAAAAUCUAUUAUUGCAAAUUAUAUCUAUAAAGAAUAGGAUGUUGUCUCUGGCUUACAAUAUUGGCUAAAUGUGAAUACUCUUAGUAACAGAUACUGUGCUCCUGAGGUUGGCAUCAGAGUGGAGGGAAGACUGUCAAACACACCGCACGAUAGAAAGUUUUCUGAAAAGAGUGUUUGACAUCCCCCUAUAGUUUCUUUUUGUGUGUGUGUUUUAUACAUAUCACAGGCUUACUGGUAAUGGUAACAUUUGCCUUGCCCAGCGAGCAAGACCCACUCAUUUUUGGGAAAGUGGGUCAAAAGAACUCUGUAGGCCUUGUAGGCCUGAAUUAAGGCUCAUUUUUCAUCUACUAAAUCCUCAUUAUUUGAAAAACAACCACCACCAAUAAAAAAAAGGUAAGACUAACCAGAACUGCGCUACCUAAGUCCAUUUCAAAUAUAAUCCUUUCCUGUUUUUAAGGAACUGAACUUAAUGCCAUUGUUAUUUUUGGCUGAAUUCCACACACACUUAGCAAAGCAUGGGCAAGGAUGUUGUUGUGUUCUUUUUUGCAGCACCAGUGCAAAGGGUAGUUACAAAUUAUAGUUUAAUAUUUCUGGUGUUUUAAAACACGUUUUAAAACUGGACAUAUUACAAAACUUUAUUUUUAAUUUUAGCUCAGCAUGCAAAGUCCAGUCCUAUGUAUCUCAUCGAUAUCCCAGUAUGUAUCUCUACUCAGCUUCCUAGGAUAAUACGCCCACCAAAUUGCUAGAUAAAAGGUGCCUUGCCUUGAUCUCUGUAUACUGUACCUUCUCCUAUAUGAACCUAGAAAAAAUCUAAAACAUUAUAAAAUUGAAGCCUUGAAUCAUUUUACAAGAAACACCAUCAACACUUUGAGUGUGUCAUUUAUGAACAGUGAAACCAAUGUUAGGGGGAAAAAUAAGUUUUAGACAAUACCACAGAGAUGCCAUUGAAGUGUUGAUUAGUUAGUCAUAUGUUUUCAUAAGAUGAAAAAUAUAGGUACUCUUGGUAUGCUUAAGAAGGUAUUUGCUUCUUGCAAAUGUCAACAAGGACCAAAUUGUACCUCAGUCUGGAAAAUUCUGUGUGAGAGCCCUGUCUUGGCCUCUUGCUGUUAUCUUGAUAUUUAAAGAUAAAAAAGGAAAUUCUCCAUUCCUUUUUGCAUUGCAUUUCCAUUGCAUUUCUGGCAAUUUAUUUUAGCAUGUCGUUAUGCUGACAUCCCUAAUGGAGCCCACUGAUUAUUUCAAACUCCUAACCUGCUCAGCUGAAUAACUGAUGCAGUCUAGAUUAACUCUUUAUGCUAGUUUUCAUGUGUUCUGUUUUUGUAAGCCACAUUUAGUACACUGUUGAAGGAGGCUACUAUAAAGCUGCUACAUUCUAGAUAAUCAAACUGAUUUUUUUUUCUUUUUUUUUUUUGGAUAGGUCAGACUUCCUUGUUUGUAUUCAUAAUAAAAAACGGCAACCUAACACUUGAUGCUGGGUCUUUCUUGGAGGGAAGGGUGAGGCAAACCUGAAGCCCAAACCUACGUAUAAAGAAAAGAAUACAAAGCUACUUUAAUACUGUGAUAAAAAUACAAGAAACUGUCCCCUUGCCUGCUAGCUCUAAACGGUGGAAGGGGGGGGGAACCCAGCACCACUUUAUUGAAAGCCUUUAGAGUAAAUCUCAGUGCACCAUUCUCAACCCAUCUGGUCUGGGGCAGGGGCUGUACCAUCCAUGAGAAAACCAAGCAAGAGCAAAGCCAAUCACAUGGUAAAGUGAGCUUAUGCUGAAUCUGGGGAAUCUAUGGGAUGCAGCAGCCUUGAUGUUGUAUUAUCUACUAUGUCCCUAAAGUAUCCCCAGUCUUUCUAGAAUUAUAGGAGGAGCAAUUUGGAAUAUUUUGAAUAGGCUAAUAAAGCUGAAGGCUACAUCUUUUCUCUCUCUCUCAUCUAAAUUUCAUAGAGUUCAUGGGGAGAUAAUACAUGUGUUUGUGUCCCACACAGUCGUCUUUACUUUCCCAAGUUUAAGAGCCUGGGGAGAGAUAGGUUUGGAAAACUGGCUGAGACAUGCAAUGAGGAUCUGGCUUAUGGCCUGAUGCUACUUGAGUCUUGUUUUCAACAUUAAACUUUCAAUCCCAGCUAAUUAAAAUCUGCCAACCAGAUUUGGAGCUAGAAUUAAGGCCAGAUUUAAUUUUUGUAAGCCAUUAGUUCAUACUGGAAAUGCAACUUUUUCUUAGUUCUGUUAUUGUUUAUGUGGACUAAAUACAUAUGUGUGUUUAAUCCAAUGACUAGAUGUCCUAAAAAUAAUUUCUUCUACAAUCUGUUUAAACAUAGCAAAGGGGUCUUUAAGCUUUGGUUACUUCCAUUAAUUUUGUCUCUUUUCUCACCUGUUGCAUGGGGAAGAGGAUGGCAAGGAUGCACUGCAUGUAGUAGGUUUUGUAGAUCAAAGAACUGCUGGUCUGUAUUACUGAAUUUACAUACAUAUAUGCAAAGACUUUGUCUGCAUUGUUUGUGUUUAUUAUUUUUUGUUGUAUACACAGAUGCAACAUGUUGAAUAAAACAUUUAUAUGAAGGCAUACUGAAAAACAAACAAAAAAUUAUGUAACAAGUAGACUGUGCAAAACAUCAUUGCACUGGCCACAGUAUGGUGAAAUUUAAUGUAAAUAGGUUGGUGAACUCAAUUCUCCCCUUUUACCAUGCCAAAGAAAAUUUUAGCUCCUUAAUAUAAUACCUCUAUUGCUGUUUUCCAGGAUAGGACUUCACCAUUUUGUUCCCUCUAAAGUUAAUUUCACUGUUAAGUGAAAGCUGUUUUCAACUGUCUGUUACUACUAAAGCACUGUAUAGCAAAUCUGACAGAAUCAGUUUGUAUUUACAGAUUGAGUGUUUUGUACUUACAUGUCUAGCUGUCUGUGAAUCUACAGCAGUCCAUAUCUUUUGCAUGCUUGCUUUGUAUUUUGUUUUCCUUCUGGGUUUUAUCUAAUGUGAGAGAGAAUGUUUGCACAGCAAUCAACCCAUCUUGCCAUCUCAUAAUGCACAGAUGUGGUAACACUACACAUAGUCAUUCUCUCUGCUUUUGCUUCCUUUGCUUUUUUUAGUCACUCUCAAAUCAAUUAUUUUUAAUAUACUGUCCUUUUCAUAAAAUUUAACUUGUGUAGAGUCAGGUUGCUCCUCAAUGAACACCCCCCCCCCCCCACCACCAGAUAUAAAAUAAAAUAGUUCACUUUGACUAUAGUAUUUAUGUGAAAAAAUGCUAAGAAUUCUGACUUUUUAUACAUAUACAGGGAAACUUUUUCUCUUGGUUUGAAGCCACUCUAAGAAAUGAGGUAUGAAAGCAGCCAGUUUGGUCCAUGCAUUAAAAGUGUGUCUUGCUGUUCCAUCUGUUUAUUGGUAUAAAGCAGAAAUUAUUCAGCUCCAGUCAAAUGAAAAUGCAGGUGAAAAUAGACAUAGUAAAAAGGUUAUCUUUCUUUUAAAUGCCCCUUUGGAUAAACUCAUAUUCUGUACAGUGCAUUUUAAAAUGUCUAAUAACAGUAUUUUUUUUCGUGAUGACUAAUGCAAAUGCUAUGACUUCUUUUUAAAGAUGUAAUAAAAUCUUUGUUCUAUUACCUAGUCACAGAAAUAUUCAACAUAGCUUUCUUCAUCCCAGUAAUAAAGCGUGUUCUAUCAUUUAGCUAUGCAGUGAGAUGCCAUUCUAUAAAGAAGCAAGGGCAGUGCAUCAGAAAAGGCAGACCAGGUACAAAUCUUCAUUUAUAUGGUUCUAAAAGACGGUAUGGCCAAGGAAAAAAAGAUCAUGAGGACAUUAAUAAUUUACAAAAGCAAAUCAAUCCACAGCUGUUUUACAGAUGACAUGCCAGAAGAUGCAAUAUACAAUCGGCAUAAUUCUACAAAAUGCUGCAGGUGUUUUGUAGAAGCAUUCAGCCCACCUCUGGAUUGUGUUCUUUCUAUUGUAAGAAGAAAGCAAGGCUGUAUUAGCAUUGUUUCUAAGGUUUACCAAUCUAGCCAGUACAAAAUCCCCAUUUAUGCAGUUUGUUUUCACCACCUAUAACUAUCUUUUGCCACAGGCCUGAAAGCAAGUUUUUAAAGUCACUAGAGAUGAAGAAUCAGCCAGUAUGUUUCACUCCCUUAUGCCUCUUCCUGCUUUUACAGUUUAUGUAUCUCAGAUUCCUGUCACCAGGAAUGAAGUGUAAAAUCACAAUUUAUUAAUGUAACUAGUAUUUUCACAUGUGUGGAAUAAUAAUCUUAUUCCCUCAGGUCUCAUUUUUCUAGGGAGGAAAUGAACCACAAAACAGGUCUGCUGGGAGUCACAUCACCAGUUGCCUCAGCAUGAAAGGGGGGAAAAAUGUUCAAGCAACAUUGUAAAAAACAGAGUAAAAAAUGGAAAGGAAAAUAGAUAUUCAUUAUACUUCUAGUAGUCUUAAUAAACAUUUUAAAGUUUAUAGUGGUAACACCAUUGUGUUUGAUAAUUUACAUUUUAAUUAGCCCCUGACACUAGCUGUGUUAGAAUAUUGUAGUAUAGUUCCAUACUUACCUUAAUGAAAAAUUUAGACAGCACUUUUUGAAAUUCUAUGGCUAUGUAAUCCACCCAGUAACCAAAAUGUUGAGGUUGGGUAUUUUUUAAAAAAAUUUCUAGCUAGAAACCAGAAUUAGUUUACAUUCUUUUUAUAUAUAAAUUUAAAAGGAAAACAAAUUGCAAAGUAAAAUGCAUCAAAUAAGACGCUGAAACCCUCUAAGGAAUCUUUUUUUUUGUCUAUGAAUGUGAAUACCUGAAAUUCCAAGGCCGAUCCACAGUAUCUAUAAAUGUUUGUCAUACCAGGAAACAAGUCAAGAGUUUCUACUGCAUCUAAAUAACAGCAUUGAUUAUCUACUAUCUCCUGUUUUACAGCACUAAAUGCAAAUGGAAGGAAAUGCAGUACAACCUUGUGUCUUUCACUGUUUACAUUCUGACUCAGCAGAAGUAUGUAUAUGCCAAAAACUACUGGUUAUUAUAGGAGGAUUCAGGUCAGCGGUAUUCAUAAAUAUAAAUAAGACCAAUAAUCUGUGCUCUCCAGUCAGACGCCAGGGUUGACAAAAAGCAUAUAUGUUAAAAUAUAUGAAAGUAUUCUUGGUAAGCUCUACACAGUUUAAGAGUUAUAAGUACAAAAUACAAACUAUAAUUUCAAAAUGGGUUUCUUUUAAGUUUCUUUAUACUGUAUCAAUACAUUUUAGAACUCUGCUUGAUAUUUUGGUUAUCUAAAAAGAGUGCAACUAGCAGCCUUGGGAUAUAUGCAUCUCAUUAUUUAUGUGCAUAACUCCUGUACAAGUUAUGCAUAGACAUUUGGUGGUUAUACUAUGUCUCCCUGAGAACAUGGGUUUCACAAGCUUCAUUUUUAGAAAGAAAGAAUUCAGUUAAGAAAAGAUCAGGUAAGGUAAAGAGCAAGCUACAUGGGAAGGCGGAAUAAUAAAAGUGAUUAUUCAAAACAAUUCAUAAAUUCAUUUACAUUUUUUUGCAUUCUAAUUAUUACAUGUUCUGUACCAUUGUAUUUUCCUAUUUCAAAAGCAUCCUUUCUAAAAGAAAACAAAUUUCUAGACUAAUAAUGGAAAUACCUUUUUCAGUUGAUAUAUAGUUUCCUUAUUUCUGAGUCGUGUACCUCUUUAAAAACCUGGACCUUGGCACCUAAACCACAAUAUUACAGUUUGAUAUUAACAGGAAGUAUUUUCCAAUCAUUUAAGCAAUUUCUUGAUUGAGCAUAAUUUCACAAAAUGUAAUCACUUUUGAAAUAAGAUGUAUGUAUUUUUUUGCUCUAAAGAAUUAAAGGGCUGCCAAAUCUACAUGUAUAAAAAAAAAAGAGACUCAUAUGUAAAUAAGUUAGGGAAGUCCCAAUAGUUGUGCAUCGUUCAUAACUCAAUGUGAAUUUCACACUGAGCAGCAUUUCACCAUUGGAAAACAAAAAUAAAAUUUUUGUUCAUACCA